UUCCCAACUGUAAAACAAUUUAGCUCACAAUUCAAAUAGAAUUACACCAACACGUACUUGGAAAUUACAUAUUAAGACAACACAAAAAACCAAACCAAAUGGACUCAACCGCUUCCAAUGUACGCCUCGUCCAGUUGGAGAGUGUACUCAAUCUGCUCGAGGAAUCGGCUGAGCGUGUGAAAAUGUCGCUUAUUAUGCCCAAAAUACUAGAGAAUCCAACGAAACUUCGACAGGUCUUAAAGGGGACUAAAUAUGAAAAGAUUCUACCAGAAAUAGAUGUGAUUGGGCGGAAACUAAAUUCUACCAAGGGCGAUCAGACACUUACCUUUGAUCACAACACAAUGAAGGUUAUCGAUUUCUUUCAUUGCAACUAUGCCAUAUAUAAGUUGUUUCCCGAAUUGAUUAGAAACCUCACCCCAAGGGAACAAAAGAUACUGAUCUCAUUUCAAAUAUUGCUCGACAUAGCCCAACAGCAUUUGCAUCGCACCUCGAAGAGUGAAUUGAGCAAAGAGCGCAAAUUGCAUGCCAUGUAUCUGAAGAAUGAGGAUAUUAAAUCAAAGAUUGCCGUCCUAAAGGCUCAACUGACAACACAACGUGUCAAAGUGAGAUGGAGGACAUGUGCGAAGAGUAUCUAUCUGCAGAAAAUUGAAGAUGAUUUGGCCAAUAAGAAAUGGCAGAAUAAUGUACGCAUACAGAAUGAAAUUGAAAAGUGCAGUCGCUCUAUGCACAGAAAUCACAAAAUCAGUCUAGAUAAGCAAAAGGAGCUGCAGGAAGAACUGGAUAAGUCAAGGGCUGCCUAUCAGAAAUUAACCAAUAUAAAUCUAGAAGAAGAACGCGAUGCCAGAGCGGAAAAGAACAAACUACUUAUACAGCUUCAGGGUCUGCUCAAGAAAUACGAUUCCAGUAUGGGGGAACGAAUGCGUGAAAAUCUUCAACUGCAGGAUGAAUUUCUAGUGGCCAAAAAGAAAUUGGAUGACUUCAUGGUUAUCUAUCGUCACGAGGAGAAUAUCUAUAAGGAUAUUGUAUUUAAACGAGAGGAAGAGGAACGUCGACAGCAGCAACAUCGUUUGGUUAUCUUUAUGAUGAAUCGUGCUGCAAAGACCAUUCAAAAGUAUUGGCGCAAAUGGCGUAAAGAGCAACGUAAAAAGAACAAACGCCAAAAGAAGGGUAAAAAGAAGGGCGGAAAUUGAAUUAUUCUCCCCCCACUCAUAUCUCAGAAUACAUGCAAUUUUAAUAAAUGUCCAACACUUUUAAACGGAA